CGAAAGUAAAAACAACCAUGACAAUUCGCUAUUUUAUAGCCUUAAACUGACACAAACUAUCGAUAUACAUGUAUGAUGGUCUAUCGCGAUUUGAACGGGCAUGAUUAUUAUACCAUGAACAAUUGCACAUCUACGGUUUUACAUAAAAGAUGAAAAAAUCACCUGUGCAACUUUUGUCCUCUGGAGAGGUCACAAUCUGAAUUUGCGCUCCCUGUACACUGAAAAUGGCAGAGACAGACCCUGUUACAUCUGUUCUCCAUCCCCCGCCGAAAAAGAAGUUAAAGUCUGUAGUAUCGGAAUACUUUGAACAUAGGAAAGAUGAACAGGGGAUUCUCGAGGAUGGAUAUCAUAUUUCCAAAAAAUGUAGCGACAACGUGGCUACAAACGGAGGAAAUACAUCCGACAUGUUUCCUCAUGUUCGCGAGCACAAGGUAAAGAUAAGUGAAGUCAGUCUUGAUGUGAAGGCCGACACAAAUUCAGCUGUAAAUGCUCCUGUACUCACUGGAAACACUAUAACAGGACCCGUGAACAUCAUCUGCAGCUCAUACACUGCAGAGCAUCAAAACUCCACCGACACGGCAAAGAACCGCACACAAGAACAAGUUAUAAUAACAGAAACUUUAGGACUGCAAGAGUUUUUGAUAAGUCAUAAGAUCAACAUGAAGGAGAAUUCAGAAAGUGUUUUUGAGUGUAUGAAGGAAAAAAAAGUCGAUCUAAAUGAGAUUUACACGGAUCUGUUCAUCACAGAGGGAGAUAUGAAAGCAGUCAACUGUGAACGUGAGAUUAUGAAUAUUGAUGAUGCCUUCAGAAAAACAACCAAGAGAUCACAUGAUAAACACAUAAAAUGCAAUGAGAUAUUUCAGUCACUGAAAACCAAGAAGAAGAAGAAGAUGAUUAUUCUGACAAAAGGCCUCGCUGGAAUUGGUAAAACAGUCUCUGUGCAGAAGCUCAUUCUGGAUUGGGCCGAGGGAACAGAUACGGCUAAUCAGGACAUAGACGCCAUGUUUGUGUUUCCAUUCAGAGAGAUAAACCAGAUUAAAGACAAUCACAUCAGUUUUCAUGAGUUUCUGCUGGAAUUUUAUCCUGACAUGGAAAAACUAGAGAAAACAAGUGUAAUGAAGUUAACAGAAGGUAAUGUGGCGUUUAUCUUUGAUGGACUUGAUGAGAGUCGCUUGAGUUUGGAUUUUAAAUGCAGAAAGCUGAGGAGUGUCGAGGAAAGAUCAUCUGUAGAUGAAAUGAUUAUAAAUCUGAUCAGAGGAGAUCUGCUUCCAUCAUCUCUCAUCUGGAUCACAUCAAGACCUGCAGCAGCCAAUCAGAUUCAUCCUAAGUUUGUUGGUUUGUUCACUGAGGUGAGAGGAUUCACAGACCAGCAGAAAGAGGAAUACUUCAGAAAGAGAAUCAAAGAUGAGAGACAAGCUGAUGAAAUGAUCAAACACAUCAAGAGAUCUCGUAGUCUCUACAUCAUGUGUCACAUCCCCGUUUUCUGUUGGAUCACAGCUUCAGUAUUUCAUGAUAUUCUCAUCCAGAACAAUGAAGGAAACAUUGACACAACACUCACUGAGAUGUACAUCCACUUUCUGCUGAUUCAGAUGAACAUCAAGAACCAGAAAUAUGAUGAGAAAGAUGAAGAAGACUACGCAAAGCUCUUAAAAUCCAAUAAACCCAUCGUUCUGAAGUUGUCCAAGCUGGCGUUUGAGCAGCUGAAGAAAGAGAACAUCAUCUUCUAUGAGGAAGAUCUUAAAGAAUGUGAUAUUGAUGCGAGUGAAGAUUCAGAGUACACAGGAAUGAUCGCUGAGAUCUUUAAGAAAGAAUAUGGUCUUCACAAGAGAAAAGUCUUCAGCUUUAUUCAUCUGAGCGUUCAAGAGUUUCUGGCCGCGCUGCACGUCUUCAUCUGCUACCUGACCAACAACAAGAAGGACCUUGAGUUUUUCAACACACGUGGCAGAAAGAUUACUCUUAAUGUCAUUCUGAAGAAGGCCAUUGAUAAAGCCAUGGAGAGUGAGAGAGGACAUCUGGAUCUGUUUUUACGCUUUCUGAUGGGCAUUUCAAUGGAGUCUAGUCAGAAGCUUCUCGAAGGUCUGCUCACACGCACUGAAGACACCACAGACAGCAUCACAGACACAACCCAAUACAUUAAACGAUUACAAAAGAACAAGAGGAUCUCAGAUGAAGCUAAAGUGAACCUGUUUUACUGUUUACUGGAGCUGAAGGAUCAGUCAUUAUACGUGAGAAUCCAGAAAUACUUGCAUCCAGAUAAAUCAGAUUCAGUCAUAAAGCUCUCAGAUUCAAUGUGUACACUGAUGAUCUAUGUGCUGCUCAUGUCAGAGAAUGUGCUGGAUGAGUUCAACAUGAACAGAUAUGAUACACGGGAUAAGAAGAGACUCGUUCCAGCUGUGAGAUGUUGUAGACGAGCACUAUUGUCUGGCUGUAAUCUGACUGCUGAGUCCUGUGAAGUUCUGGCUUCAGCUUUUCAGUCCUCAAAGUGUCCUCUGAUAGAGCUGGACCUGAGUAACAAUGAUCUGAAGGAUUCAGGAGUGAAGCUGAUCUCUGAUGCUCUCAAGACUCACAACUGUCAACUCGUGAUACUAAGAUUGUCUUGGUGUAAUGUGACUGCAGAGUGUUGUGAGAGUUUGUCUUCAUGUCUACAAUCAUCAAACUCUCUGAGAGAGCUGGACCUGAGUAACAAUGAUCUGAAGGAUUCAGGAGUGAAGCUGAUCUCUGAUGCUCUCAAGACUCACAACUGUCAACUACACACACUGAGUUUAUCAGGUUGUAUGGUGUCAGAUGAAGGUUGUUGUUAUUUGGCUUCAGCUCUGAAUUCAAACCCGUCACACCUGAGAGAGCUGGAUCUGAGCUACAAUCACCCACAACACUCAGCACUUCAGCUGCUCUCUGAUAAACUCAAUGAUCCAAACUACACACUCAACAAACUCAAUGUGAGUCAUGGAGGAGAGAGAAGAAUUACAUCAGGACCACGCAAGUAUGUCUGUGAUCUCUCACUGGAUCCAAACACAGCAAACACUAAACUCAAACUGUCUGAAGAGAACAGAAAGAUCACACAUGUGAGAAAGCGUCAGUCGUAUUCUGAUCAUCAAGACAGAUUUGAUGAUGUUCCUCAGGUGUUGUGUAGAGAGAGUCUGACUGGACGCUGUUACUGGGAGGCUGAAUGGACCGAAUCAGAUGUUGUUAUAUCUGUGUCAUAUAAAAGCAUCAACAGGAAAGGAACGAGUGAUGACAGUAUGUUUGGACACAAUGUAAAAUCAUGGAGUCUGGAGUGCUCUGAUGAUGGAAUCACUGCAUGGCACAAUGAUAAAGAAACUGUUAUUGAUGACUCUUCAUGUGUGUGUAAGAGAGUAGGAGUGUAUGUGGACUGUUCAGCCGGCACUUUGUCCUUCUACAGCGUCUCUGACACACACACACUCACACACUUACACACGUACAACACAACAUUCACUGAGCCUCUCUAUGCUGGAUUUAGAGUGUUAGAGAACUCCUCACUGUCUCUGUGUGACAUUAACAGCCUCUAAAGAGCCUCCUGUUAAAAAGAAGAGAGAAACACACAAAACCAGAUUCUCCAAAGCUAAUGAUCAGAAUAUUCACCCACUGCUGAACUGUCAGUCUUGCAUCAGUAUAGUAGAUUCUGAUCAGUGGGUUCAGACGGAGCCGUCGAUCUGUACAGAUGAAGACAUGUCAAAGUUCAGG